AUGAAGCAUAUUCAGAGACUCACAGAUUAUCUUGAUAAGAAUUCAGUUACAGUCAGUAAUAGCAGUAGCAGUGCUCAAUACAUGAAGAGUGUCACUAUUGCUCUAAAAGCUCUGAAUGUCAUUAUCAGUGCUGCUGAAAAAGCUAAAAUUGAGAUUGAGAAGACUAAGUUGAAUAUUGAAAGAGUGAAAUUAGAAAUUGAAAAGAAAAAAGUUAUCACAGAAAAGAAGAAAAUCAUGAUUAAAAAGACAAAACUUGAUAUUAAAACUAUCAAGCUUGAAGUGUAUUACAAGCUUUUGAGAAUAAUAGUCAGUUAUAUUGAAGAAUAA